AUGCCUGCAUACAUUGCUUUUAUGAAUGAUGUUCUAGUGCCGGGCAGCGGGUACCCGCUGCGCAUGGAGUCACCGCGGCCUACGACGCGCCCCGUCGAGCCGGAGUCGCCCGCGCUGCGUGCCGCGUUGGCCGCGCCGGGGACACCCUCCCUGCGCGCCCUGUUCGCCAAGCGCCUCUCCCUCGCGUCCGAGCCGCGCCGCGACCGCGAGCCCGCCGUCCGCACCGCGGCCUCGCCGCCGUCACGGUCGCGCCUCGCGGAGCCGACCCCGCCGCCGCCGCCGCGCGCCGUCGAGUCGGCUCCCUCGCCGCCGAGCCUCGCCAAGCUGGCUCUGGCGCUGCUGACCUACGUCGAGCCCUCUCCGUCGCCGCCCGCCACUGCGCCGCCGCCGCCGCCGGGCGCCGCACCCUGCCGUGCGCCCGCCACUGCCCCGGCACCGCCGCCGCGCCCGCGCCCGCGCGCCGCCCGCACCGUGCUGUACAGUGACGAGGCGGGCGUCGGCCUGGGCGCGCUGCUGGCGGAGCGCCUCCACCACCGAUAG